AUGCGGAGGGAUACUACUAUUGUCGCGACCGCCUCGCUCAUGCGGCCAGUAUUUGCGGGUUUCGUCCAGCCUGCACUGCAAGCUCUCACAUGGGCGUUCAACGGGACCGAUUUUUGGGCACCCGUUCACCUAGAUUCAGCGGUGUACCAUUUGCAAAGCCGUGCGGGAUACAUCACAAACUCGCUCAGUAAACGGGGCUCAUCGUCUGGUAAUUACUUCGGGUGCACUGUUCUCACCAUCUCGGACCCCGUCUACAAUGGGACCCAGAAUGGAAUCGCUCUGAGCCCAUCCGUCGCCGAUUCGCUUAGCAGCCAUGGAGUAGAGCACUUGUUCCUCCACUCGGCAUUCAAUGCUACCGGCCUCACAACCACCGCAAGUGUUUCAAUUGUUGAAUCUAGCUGUGAGCUAGGAAACGGCCCUUACGUUGUGACCUUGCCGGACUGUGAGGAGGGUGGGUUGUCUGUGACCCCAGUUUACGCACUCCAUCCAGACAACUAUGAAGGCUCUCAUCAACUAAGCUCGGUGCAAGGGCCAUUGGCUGGUCUUCGCUUCGGCGUCAAGGACAUCUUUGACAUCAAAAGGCUGAAAACAUCUGGGGGGAGUCGAGCCUACUACGAGACAUAUGGCUACCAGAAUUACACAACCGAGACGGUCCAGCUAUGCGAGAACGCCGGCGCCUCCCUGAUUGAUAAACUGCGCACAAUCACCUUCGCCCUCGGCACACCACGAAACGGCAUGUCGGUGGUCUUCCACGAUCCCUGGAAUUCCUGCGGUGAUGGGUACAUGUCCACCGGUGGCAGCUCGUCCGGAUCUGGUGCCGCCGUCACGGCCUAUGAAUGGGUCGACUUCGCCCUGGGGUCCGACACUGGUGGCAGUGUGCACUUCCCUGCUCGGUUUGGAGGCCUGUACGGCUACAAACCCACCCACGGGAUCUACAGCCUGACUAGGAUACUCGUUGCGAUCGCGGAGCAGGACACACCGAGUUUCCUCGCCCGCUCCCCCGAAAUCCUCACUCGUGUUAGCCGCGUGUGGGCGGAUGGCAAGCCGCUAGCACCGUCGCCGGAGGUACUGCCGCGAAAGAUGCUGCGCUACGACGAGCAGGCGGCGUUCACCCAACCUGCCGCCGCGGAGAUGAUCAAGAAUUUCUUCGUCGAUAUGGCUCGUAUUCUAGAUUUGUCAGACAACCAUUCCGUCAAUAUUACAAAAAGAUUCCUGGAUGCCAAUGUCAGCGAAACCGCAAGCCCCCAGGCCCCAGCGGUGUGGAUGAACAAUGUCUACUCGGAUUUGAACAACGUGCAGGGCUAG